AUGGCAACUGCUAGACAAAUUUUACAGCAAGAAAUAUUCGACCAAUGCGAUCAAAAACUUUUAGCGUUUGUUGGUGUCAGUAAUGAUUCAAAAAAAAAGAAAUUUGGAUAUUUGUGUUUAUCUGACACUAAAGAACCGCCUUCUAAUAUUUAUAUUCACCAGGUAUAAUUUUAUGACCAAUAAUGAAUACUAUUAUAUGAAUUUAUAUUUUGGUUAAAGAAUAAUUAGUAAAAAAUUAGCAUCUACUUAUUUUACCAAAUAACACCAUAUUAUUGUGUAUAUAUAAUAGGCAACUAGUUCUUCACACUUUUUAUUUAAUAACUGCUUUCAGAUUAAAUUUGACAAUAAAGUUGUGAAAAAAAAAAGAAUUUGGUCAUUAAAUGAAUUAAGCUCUGUCGAUGGAAAAACUUCUUCUCAGGUUGUUCAUAAAUACCUAUAAUUUUUAAUAUAAGUUUAUGAAAAAUAUUUGUUGUUAUUUAUUUGUAUUUAAGGAUUGUUUAGAAAUAGAGUUGACAUUGGAUAAACCAUAUAAAUGGAUAGCCACUAAUAAUCAGGAGCGUAAAAUAUUUUUGAUAUCUUUAUGGAAGGUAAUAUUAAAAACUAUAAUAAUUUAAAAAUAUUAUAAUAUAUUUUUGGUAGUGUAUAAUAAUGGGUUAAUUAAGUUGUUUAAUUUUAGCAAUGUGCAAGCUAUAUAUUUGACAAAAAGCCAGAAUUUAAAAAUUUACCCCUGGACUGGACAUCUGGUGAUUUAGUUGUCCUACCAGCAGAUAGAAAAUCUAAACUUUCUUUAGGUAUUUAUUUAUUUUUACUCUUUUUAAUUAAUUUAAUUUUUAAUAAUUAUUAUAAUAAAAAGAUAACUUGACAUUUACAUAAGGUAUUUAAUUUUAAAUCCUUGGUGUGUUUACUAGUGUUACUUUGUGUACUACAGCUACACAAGUACUUUUUUUUUUUUUAAUUAGCUAGUCUUUAAAAAUUCAGCCCUGAUAAUAAAUGUAUAACCCGAGUAUGUACUCCAUAUACUGUAUACUGUGUAUUAAUUAAUCUGUAAUAAUAUAAAUCACGGACCCUGCAUUUUCAAAGGUAAACUUUUUAUUUAUAAAUUAAGUUACCUUAAAUAUAUUAUACAAUGAUAACAAGCUACAAUUACUGUGUCUACCCUAUGAUAUAAAGUAAUAGAACUACCUGUUACCCAGUAAUAGAUCACAGUUAUCUUCUGGUAGUAAAAAAGAUAUUAAUGUUAUUUAGUCUCUAGAGUUCCCUUAGCAUUUAUUCAUGUAAAAUUUGUAUUACUAUAAAAAUGCUAACCUAAACUUUUAGUAUUCAAGUAUUAAUUUGUUUUUACUGGAAAAAAGUUUGAGUUCUGACAGAGGGGGUUAGACUCAUUGGUCUCUAUUGUAUACACUAUACUUGUUUACAUAAGCCGGUGUUUUAAAAUUUUACUCGAAAAACCCUCUUAAAAUACAUGUUUACAAUUAGUAAAUUCAUGCGCAGGUUUACACAUUCACAUUAUUAAUUAAGACCUCUACUAUUAUUAUGUUAUUGUAAACACAUUUGGAAUAUUUCAGCAACAUUUACUAUAACAGUUUAGCUUUGCCUACUUUUUAAAUUAUACCACAUACUUACAAAUGUAAAAUUUCUUUGAAGCAAUUAUUUUCAAUGGAGCAUGAACGCAUUGUUAGCUUUUAAUUUAACAUUAUUGUUUAGCUGUAUCACCUAUUAUUAGUGCCGAAGACUUUCAGCCUUUAUCUGAAAAAGAAGAACAAGACUUAGAACUAUUAAUGAAAGAAUGUGGAUUUGCUGCAAACGAUGCUAAAGCAUUUACCGAUAUGCUAUCAACUCAAUUAAUGGCUCUUGAUGGAGUAAGUAGUUGCUAAAAUAUAUGUAUUAUGUGUGUAUAUAUAUUUUUAUGUGAGUAAUCUGAAUAGUAUUUUAAGGUCAGAUAAAACCUUAAAUAAUUAUUCUUAGUUCUUACCAUAUAUUUAUAUAUCUAUGUAUAUAUAAAAUCUAAAUACCACUGACACACUGAUCGCUGUAUCUCAAAAACUACUCAACGUACGCUUUUGACAUUUGGAAUAGUGGUUCCUCUAAUACUUUCACAGUGUAAUCAGAAAGGAUUUUUAAAAAUUCAAUCCCUAUGGGGGUUAAAUAGGGGUUUUAUGUAUAUUUGGUAUGAAUAUCUAAUGCUUAUUUAUUUAUUUUUGUUUAUUCAAGGGUUAUCUUGGUGUUAUGCAAAAGAAAACUAUUAUAAUUACUAUUAUUUGCACUAUUAAAAUUUCACAAUAGAACACAUUUAGUCCAUCAAAGGUAGAUUACCCACUUUCCACCUAUUUGUUUUCGUUCAAUUCUGACACGGCCAAAACCAAAAUUUAAUAUUUGUAAAAUAAUAAUAAUACAAAUCGGCAGCUAAAUAGGACAGCUAGUAUAUAUACAUAUAUAUUAAAAAAAAAAAAAAUCUAACAGGUUUAAAUUUAAAAAGGUGUUGAUUAUUAUUGUAAUAAAAUCACACAAAUAAUAUGACUUAACAAUUUAUUUAUUUCAUAAUAUAGGAGAAUGUACAAAGUGUACUUGCUUCAGAACCUCAAGUUACUAAAUUAAUGGAUCAAUUAGAAACAGCAAUACAUGCAAUUGAAAAAGUAGAAUCAGCAUUAGAUUUGUAUGAUGAAACCUUAAGACACGUGCGAGAUACUAUUGAUAAGAUGGAUCAAAAAAAUGCUAAUAUUCAAACAGCUAAUUGUAACAAUGAAAAAUUACUAAAUGAACUUCACAAAGUAAUUGUGAGUACUAAAUAAUUGUCAAAAACAUACAAUAUUUUAGAAAUUAAAGAUUUCCUUUAUUGAAAGCAUCAAUUAGAACUCUCUCCGAAACAUCAGUUGGCAUUAACUGAUGCUGAUUUGACUACACCAGCUGGAUUACAGGAUGCUAUCGCAGCAGCAAAAGAAUUACAAGCUGUGAUGAAUGCACAAAUUCACCCAGCUCUAGUACGAUUAAAAGCUAUACAAGAACAAAAAAGACGAUUUGAAAAAUGGAAAGCAAAAUUUUCACAAAUUUUGUCUAGACAUCUAAAUAAUCUAUUUAUUUAUAUGGUAUAUUUAAAACAAAAACUCAAUUCAACUUUGUAUGAUAAAAAUAAUAUUUUUUUAAUAAUUAGGGAAAUGAUGUUGGAGAAUCAAAAGUGAACUCUAAUAGUGAAUUGACUAUUAUGAAACACACAACACUACAUCGUGAGCUUGCUGCUUAUACAGACCUGAUGCACUGGUGUAAAGCAAUGGAUCGAAAAGCAUUUAUGGCACUUACUAAAGUUUAUACAUCAUCUUUAUCUAAACUCUACGAAAGAGAUAUUAAGUUGUUUUUGGAUGAUGCAAAAUUGCGUAUAAAUGCUGGUAAUUUAGAGAUGUUUAUAAAUAUUCUUAUAACUGAAAAUCCAAGUUCUGUUUUAAAAAAAUGUACAUAUUAUAGGUUAUUUUCAAUUAUUAUAAUAUUUGUAAAUGGAGUAACCUUUUUUUAAAAUAAAUUUAAAUAACUAUUUUUGUUUGCUUUUAAAUAUAAAUUAUAAAUUUAUAAUAUUUAUAUUAUUUAGGUCAUUUAUCAAAUUCAAAAGAAGAUAUUAGAAGAUCAACAGGUCCACCAUCUGAUUGGUUAUUAGGUGUAGAUAGAGAAUUUUGGGCACAAGAAAGUGAUGCUCAAGAACGACAAAGAUUUGACCAAGUAUUGGAAGCAGUUCUUUCUGAACUUGAACCAAUUUGUUUGUCAGAACAAAACUUUUGUGUAUCAUUUUUUCAAUUAGAUAUACUCAGCCCUACCACCAAAGUAAUAGUUUUCAUAAUUUGUAUAUUAUAAAUUACAAUAAUUAUAAAAGUUACUUAAUUAUAAUGAUAUUGUAUUCAUAAUGGCAUGGCAUACUUAUUAUUUUUAAACAUUUUUAGAAUACCCAAACAACUUUGGAUGGAACAGAUGUAAAAUCAACCCCAGACAUAUUACCAUCAUUACCCAAGACAAAAAUUGAGAAAAAAAUUAAUGAAGAAGUUAGAAAAAUGAUGGGUGAAAUCUUUGCAUGUAUUGAACCAGAAUUGAUUGCAUUUAUACAAUAUCAUGAAAGAAUGGAUAGCACGUAAUUUAUUAUCAACCCUUUAGUAUUCCAAUAAGUUAUUUAGAUUUUGUUUAAUAUAAACUAUUAACUGUUUUGUGUUUCUUUAGUUAUUCAAUGGCAGUUUUAGUAAGAUUAGGUCGUCAUGUUAUGUCUGCUAAUGAUACUGGUUCUUUUUUAAGCAUGACCUAUGGAUCUGCGUUAGUACAUGUUAAAAGAAAUUACGAUAAACUCAUGCACGCACAUUUAAAAUCGAUUCAAGAUGUAAGAGUUGCUAAAAAAUCUAAAUGUGGUAUACUUCCUUUUGUAGCUAACUUUGAGGUAAAUAAUAUUUAAUAGAUAUAUCAUUUUAACUAUAGUAUAUUAAGAAUAAUUUUAAAACAUUUUAAUAUUUUAUAAAUAUACAUAUUUUAUUAUUUGCUUUGAAUUAUUAUAGUAUUUUGCUAAAACAGCUGAACAAAUAUUUAAAGAAACUGAACGCCGAACUGAUUUAGAUAAAUGGUAUGUCAAACUCAUAACUGUUAUGUUUGAAACAAUUCAUACAAUUGCUAAUGAGCAUCCUAAAACCCCUGCUGAAGUUAUACGAAUGGGUAGGUCAUGAAAAUGCUUAAAUUUAAACUAUAUAAAGUUGAAUAGUCAUUCUUUUGGUUUAGAGAACUUUCAUCAUUUGUAUGCAUUGCUGUCUCAUUUGAAAAUCUCUAUAUUAGAUCAAUACAGAAAGGAUGCAAAACAAAAGUAUAAUGAGGCAUUAAGUGCUUAUGUAACACGCUAUUUUGGUAGACCUCUUGAAAAACUAAACGUAAGUACAACAGUGGUUUAUUAUUAGAAAUAAAUUAUUAAUAAUAUUUAUUUUGUGUUAAGUUAUUUUUCGAAGGAGUUGAAGCUAAGGUAGCACAAGGUAUUAAAGAAUCAGAAGUUGGAUAUCAAAUGGCUUUCAGUAAACAAGAGUUAAGAAAAGUCACUAAAGAGUAUCAUGGAAGAGAAGUAAAAAAGGGCUUAGAUCAUUUAUACAAAAAAGUGGAAAAACAUCUCAGUGAAGAAGAAAAUUUACUACAAGUAAUCAUGGUUUUAUUUCUAUUUGUGUACUAUAUUUAUGUAUUUCUCAAUUGAAUAUUAACUUAUAUGUUGAUAAUCCAAAAAAAUAAAAACAUUUAUUUUCUAAUAACAAAGACAUAUACUUAACAGGUAGUUUGGAGAGCAAUGCAAGAAGAAUUUAUACAACAAUAUAAGUAUAUUGAAGACUUAAUUCAACGAUGCUAUCCUGGUUCCAUGAUUUCAUUAGAAUUUUCUAUUGAAGAUCUAUUACAAUAUUUUUCAGAAAUUGCUAGAUCACAUUAA